AUGUCACCUGAUAUCGAUGAGAAGGCAAUUAGACACGCCGAUGCAAAGACAUUGACUCUUCUCAUCUCUAGAGCAAAGGCUGAUGCUUUGGUUGACAAGGUCACCGAACCAUCUCUACUCAUUUGCUCGGAUCAAGUCAUCGUACACAAUGGUGUGAUUCGCGAGAAACCAGUCACUGCAGACGAGUGCAGAGAGUAUUUGCGUAGCUACGAACACAGUCCUGCUGUGUGUGUCGUGUCAGUCGUUGUUGUCAACACACUCACUGGCAAGCGUGUUGAAGGCACCGAUAUAGCCACUCAACACUUUAACAAGAUUCCUGAACACGCCAUCGAAGCACUCAUUGCUCAAGGCGAUGUUAUGCACUGUGCAGGUGGGUUCACUGUCGAACAUAUGGAAGAAUACACCAACCGUCUAGAAGGCGAGAUUGAAUGUGUAACUGGGUUACCAAAGACUUUAACUGUUAAACUUUUAGAGGAAGCAAAGAGAGUUUAA